AUCGGAAGUGGCUCCGGAGAAGAAAGUGAAGCAACUGUCAACCUUUCACGCGUCAUUUGCCAGUUCUUUACGCUUUUAUUGCUUAUGACUAUCGUAUGUAACCUAGGCUUCGUUAGUAUCUUAUCUACCCGACCCGAAUCGAUUGCAGCUGUCGAGGACACCGUUAUACUCCUGCAUUUUAUGUGUGCAGAAUAUACUCUCACUUCAAAGGCAUAGCGAGACUCGAUCUCUGAGAGUGUCGAGCGUGUGCAUGACUUUCAGAGCCGGCAUACUGAUAUCGAGGAGAAACCUUCAUGGUUUCCACCACUGGUACAUAACCUCGUUAGACGCCAUGAAGUGAAACCAUAUCUGACAGGACAAUGGUGCCGCCUCGCUCUGAAAUGUCUCUCCAAAUCCGGGUAGCCCGUGCGGGAAAAGCCAUGAGCCGGCGCGAUACCCGAAUCUGGGGAGGUGGCUGCAUGCCAUGGGAGACUCCACAUUCCAAGGAGAAACCCCACUUGAAGAAGCAUAUAUGUUGGAUGGGUCCAUAAUUCUGAGCGAGUCAACCAACCGACAUCACUCAAGACCAUUCAAGAACGGGUAUAUACGCUACCAUUUCCCCAGAAUCCAAGCAAGACCCACAGUCCUUGGCGGAAUGGGUUUCGACGGAUUGUCGAGAGGCGACUCUGUCAUCGCCUGCUCUGUUGCAACGGUCGUCCUUGCUUCGAUUAUUGUGAUGCUCCGCUUGUUCACGCGGAGUAAAAUACUUGGUUUUGUUGGACCGGAAGAUUGGUGUAUCCUCGUAGCUUUGUUGUUCUCAAUUGCCAACACUGUUGGAAUGUGCGUUCAGGUUGAAAAUGCACUUGGUCGUCAUAUGGCUAGUCUUACGAGCGACCAGAUCAUGAAUUUCUUGAAGGCAUACUAUGUCACCGUGGUGUUCUACAAUAUCAGUCAGACACUUGCGAAAGUGUCAAUCUUGCUUCUUUACCUUCGGAUCUUCAGUGUAACCAACAUACGAACGCCUUGCUAUUUUAUGUUAGGUUUUGUUACACUUUAUGGGAUUGAGCUCUUCUUCUCGGCGGUAUUGAUGUGCGUGCCAGCAGCCCACUGGUGGGAUAGCAGUCACGUACCAGGCACUUGUUUAGCGGAGAAGCCUUUGUGGUUCACUAACGUCUCAAUCAAUAUCCUGACGGAUAUUGGCAUUGUCAUCUUGCCUAUGCCAGUCAUCAGCACUCUUGUUCUCCCUCGGAAACAAAAGCUCGGCCUGUACUUUAUUUUCGCACUUGGCCUUUUUGUCUGCGGCAUGUCUAUCUUACGAUUACACUGGCUCAUCAUCGCUGUGCGAAGUACGGACCCAACCUGGGACAAUAUCGGCAUUGCAAACUGGUCCUGCAUCGAGCUCAACACAGCGAUUAUCUGUCCUUGCCUAACAACACUGAAGCCUCUACUCUCACGCUGCUUCCCUCGUGUGUUCUCUAGCAAUUCGUCAAGGUCUCGUCAUAGAUAUAUCGAAGGCAUUGAGUCAGGGAGCAACAACGCUGGAAGCCAAACAAAUCCAGAAGCAUUGAAGGGGAAACGGGGUAAUGGUAAAAACCCAGAAUCUGAUGUUGAGACCGACGAGCGUUCGCUGGUCGGAUUCAGUCUCGGAGGUCUUAAACCCGCAAUUGUGCAUCCUAGAAAGCAUUUUGAAGAUGCUUAGAGGGUCGGAUGGUGACCGAGGUAUAACGGAACUUGGUCACUGAUUGAAAGGAAAGGAAAAUUGUACAGGAAUUAAUUUACUAGAAUCAAGAGUGGCGCUCCGUGCAUGGACUUGGGAUACUCGGAUACAUUUGGAUAGCAUAGGACACAGGUAUACUCCGUUGGCGCAGGAUUAUUGCAUCAUUAGACUGGGACAUUAGGGUAAGAAGUAUCAUUAUGGCUGGGAAAAUUAUUGGUUAUAUUUCUGCAUUUCAAUGGGUUCUUUCAAGUCGUUCGUUGUAGGAUAUUGGAUCAAAAGUUUCUUCAACGAUCAAAUUUUGGUGGU